AUGGUAUAUGUGUAUGUGGUAAUUCGGCUGGGGGCCACCCCUGUUAGCCUGAGCUUCCUCUCUGUCCAGGUUUAUGCUUCUUCUUCAGAGAAGGAGACUUCCAAAAAGGACUUGCUGAAAGUUGAGGAGCUGUCACUCUACUCCUCUCCAGCUCAGGAGACUAAAUAUGUGGAGAAUCCAAAAACCGAAUUGGAAGAGGGGGUUUCACAUUUACGGCAUGUUAUGGAGCCAUAUACAGCCUGGUGUCAGGACCUUUAUGCCAAAGCUAUGCCCAAAUUAGAAAAAGCUGUUGAGCAUGGUAGAGAGGGCUAUGAAUUUCUCCAAAACCCCCCUGCUGGAUUUUAUCCAAGGCUUGGUGUAAUAGGUUUUGCUGGAAUUGUUGGGUUGUUUCUUGCUAGAGGCUCAAAAAUAAAGAAGUUAGUGUAUCCUGCAGGUCUCAUGAGUAUUGGUGCCUCCAUGUAUUACCCUCAGCAAGUGGUUGCUAUUGCACAGGUUGCUGGUACACAGCUGUAUGACUGGAGUCUUCAAGGAUAUAUUGCUGUAGAAUCUCUUUGGAAGGAUAAUCCUAAGAAGAAGAAAUCUGGGAAAAAAAGUGAUAAGGGUGAUGCAGAUGGUGGCAGCCCACUGGAAAUCCAUGCUGCUUCAAAUGGAGAGCAAGCCCAGAAGUAA